AUGGUGGAUUUGGAGCCUACGGUCGUGGAUGAGGUCCGUACAGGCACGUACCGUCAGCUGUUCCACCCGGAGCAGCUCAUUUCUGGAAAGGAAGAUGCAGCAAAUAAUUUCGCCCGUGGGCAUUACACCAUUGGCAAAGAGAUUGUGGAUUUGGUCUUGGACCGCAUCAGGAAGCUUGCUGACAACUGCACAGGACUCCAAGGCUUCUGCGUCUACAACGCAUGCGGCGGCGGAACCGGAUCAGGUCUUGGUUGCCUCAUGCUCGAGAGGCUGUCCGUGGAUUACGGCAAGAAGAGCAAGAUCUCCUUCACCGUGUGGUGUUGCCCUCAAGUGGCUACUGCCGUGGUCGAGCCCUACAACACAGUCUUGUGCGUGCAUUCCCUCCUGGAGCACACCGAUGUGACCAUCAUGUACGACAACGAGGCAUUGUAUGAUAUUUGCCGCAGGAACCUGGACAUCGAGCGACCCACGUACACCAACCUGAACCGCCUCAUCGCUCAGAUCAUUUCAAGCUUGACCGCAUCGCUGCGCUUCGAUGGCGCCUUGAACGUGGAUAUCACGGAGUUCCAGACCAACCUGGUCCCCUACCCCCGCAUCCACUUCAUGUUGACGUCCUAUGCCCCGGUCAUCUCGGCCGAGAAGGCAUACCACGAGCAGCUGUCCGUGGCGGAGAUCACCAUGUCCGUUUUCGAGCCGGCAUCCAUGAUGGUUAAGUGCGACCCACGCCACGGCAAAUACAUGGCCUGCUGCAUGAUGUACCGUGGCGACGUCGUGCCGAAGGACGUGAACGCGGCAGUGGCAACCAUCAAGACUAAGCGCACGAUCCAGUUCGUGGACUGGUGCCCCACCGGCUUCAAGUGCGGCAUCAACUACCAGCCGCCGACCGUGGUGCCCGGUGGUGAUUUGGCCAAGGUCAUGCGUGCCUGCUGCAUGAUCUCGAACAGCACGGCCAUCGCCGAAGUCUUUUCGCGCAUCGAUCACAAGUUUGACCUCAUGUACUCCAAGCGCGCCUUCGUCCACCACUACGUCGGAGAAGGCAUGGAGGAGGGCGAAUUUUCUGAGGCUCGAGAAGAUUUGGCGGCAUUGGAGAAGGACUACGAAGAGGUUGGCAUCGAAACAGCUGAGGGCGAGGGAGAGGAGGAUCUCACGAAGAAGGUUCUCUGGGAUCCAUAUCUACAGGCUCCCGCCGCCAUCUGCGGGCGGGUCUUCGCUCGCCGGUGCGGUGGCGGUUGCAACCUUGGCGAGUACUUAGGACCGGUCGCGGGGGAGCUGCUGCCCGAACGUCGGCAUGACACCCCGCGGUCGGAAGGACAGGAGGCUGCCGUGCUUCUCAUCAAUGGCGGACGAGACAGGCUCACCAGCCCUGCGGCAGCCGAAGCAUCGGCACAGCAUCUUCGGAAGGUGCUGCGUGGUCCCGUCCGGCUGGAAGUCUUUCCCGACCGCGGUGCAGAGAUGCUGCAUGGGGAGGUGGAGUCUCGAUGCUUCAUGGAGUUUCUCUCGGAGCACUUGCACGGUGUUGGCCGCAAGGGCAGCGAGGAGGCCAUGCGCAAGCUGGGGGCAGAGCCUGUCGCCUUCACGGAGGAUGGGCUUUGUGUGGUGCAGGAAGUCAGCGAUGGCUUCCUCAAUGAGAUGGAUUGA